GAGCGCGCGGGCGCGCGGGGCUGGAUGAGUGCGGGACACUUAUAUUUUGAGUCUUACGGGGAUUUUUAAGAAUACGGUAUUGUUUUUGCGAAGGUGUGCAGUUGCAUUUGGAUGGGGGAUGGGUUUGCAAAAAGUUUAACCACUUAAAUGACUCAGUCUUGAGAAAUGGCCGUAUGCUGCAUGCAUCAUCUUUGUCUUUUAUUGGACUUUCCAACUUUCUUGUCAUAAGCAACGUGCAUUGCAAUCGCAGCACGUGUUUCUAGACGCCCGUCGGGUUGUUUUCAGGGUUAUUGUAAGCGAAGAGUUACAUUUACGCGCAACGCUUUCAGGCGUCAAGUGGUUAAUUGUGUCUUGCGGAUGGGACUGGCUCGCCCCCCAGUUGCUGCAUUUGUCCCGGGAUAACCUGUUGAUGUCGGGAAAAUCUGGAGCCGAGCCCUGCCUCCCCCGUCGUGCAAAAUGGAGUAGAAUUUAUCAACUGAAUAUUUUAUGUAAAUACAACCAUAGCACCGCGUGCAGACAAAUAUGAAUACUUAAGAAGCUAUAGUUUGCAUACGUCCGCGGUUGGGAAAUGACUCAACGCAUGCAUAUCUUGUGUUGCAGGAUGACUCGAAUCGAUUUGGGUAAAGAUAUCCCGGCGUGUGAUGGUGGCCGUGGACUGUGACUCAACCCGACAUUAUUUUAUAGCGUUGCGUUGGCACCAAGGGGGCGAGAGAAACGGAUGUUGGCUCCUAAAUAAUUCAUCUUAUAGACUAUUUUGGUGACAGCGUUCUUUGGGGUGUCGCAUUUUUGGCUGCGCGCUCAGUGCCACCGCUUCAAGUGUGGAGAUCAGGUAUUAUUUCGGAUUCUUUGCCCCCCGGGGCCCGUGCCAACCCGGAGCUCGUGUCCUGCUGGGCAGCGGCGCGGGCACGUACACUCACCGGUUACAGCAGUCCUGCCGCUGGCGUCCACAUCACGCAAACACCGUCGGCAUAUAACAAUCCUGUAGUUCUGGGCGUUACGACAUGGCUCAGAUGCUGCAGAUGGCGAUUCCCAACUUUGGCAACAAUGUUUUAGAAUGUCUAAAUGAACAAAGGCUUCAGGGUCUGUAUUGUGACGUGUCAGUGGUGGUUAAGGGUCACACGUUUAAAGCCCACCGGGCAGUCCUAGCCGCCAGCAGCUCCUACUUUCGAGAUAUAUUCAACUCCGGCAACAAGAGCUCUGUUGUGGAGUUACCACCAGCUGUUCAGCCUCAGAGUUUCCAGCAGAUCCUCUCUUUCUGCUACACCGGACGACUAAGCAUGAACUUGGGAGAUCAGUUUCUCUUAAUGUACACGGCGGGAUUCUUGCAGAUACAGCAGAUUAUGGAAAAGGGCACUGAGUUCUUCCUGAAAGUCAGCUCGCCGAGUUGUGACUCGCAGGGUCUUCACGUGGAAGAAAUGCCUUCAUCGGAACCCCAGAGCCCUGUCACGCAAACGGGAGGAGGUGGGGCUGUGGUCGCCACAACAGCGGCUCGCCCCGCCUCCUGCCUCACGCCACUUCCGUUGGUGUCCAGGGUGAAGACGGAGCAGCUGAUACAGGCCCAGCAGCCCCUACAAGAAGCAUCGCCGUAUUCGGUGGUUUGCGCUCCGGUCGCGAAGCGUCUGUGGGAAGGGGGCAGUCGUGAAGGAUCUGGAGGAGGGGGAGGCAUUAGGAAAGCUCCCCGUUAUUCACAGGAGGUGCCACGCGGAGUAAGUGGGACAAUGCCCCAGAGUGCACCUGUAUUGGCUGGAAGUGGUACGAGUAACAGCAACAAUAAUAACAACAACAGCGGUAGCACGCCGGAUGACCAGCCCGGAACCCCCAGCAUGUACACGAGUGACUCACCGAUCUCCUACCAUGAGGAUGAGGAGGAGGAGGAAAUUACAGAGGAGACGGCAGAAGAGCAGUACAGACAGAUCUGUAACAUGUACACUAUGUACAGCAUGCUGAAUGUAGGGACAACAGCCAAUGAACGUGUGGAGUCCCUUCCGGAACACCUCACAGUUGAAUCAAGGGGAAGGGGAUUUCGAGUGCGGCAAGAACUGGCAUCUCUUCCCACGGAGCUCAUUGCACAGAUUGGAAACCGUUGUCAUGUUAAACUUUACGAAGAAGGUGAUUCUGCUGAGAAACUGGAGCUGGUAACUGGCACCGGUGUCUUUAUAUCACGAGCUCAGCUGAUGAACUGCCAUGUUAGCGCAGGCACACGGCACAAAGUAUUGCUCAGACGGCUACUUGCUGCCUUCUUUGACCGAAGCACUCUUGCAAACAGCUGUGGGACUGGAAUUCGAUCCUCCACAAAUGACCCGAACCGCAAACCACUGGACAGUCGGGUUCUCCACUCUGUCAAGUUUUACUGCCAGAACUUUGCUCCUAGUUUCAAAGAAAGUGAAAUGAACGCCAUCGCCGCAGACAUGUGCACUAACGCGCGUCGUGUGGUACGUAAGAGCUGGAUCCCCAAACUGAAGCUCCUGAUGGCAGAAAGCGAUGCGUAUGCUAACUUUCUUCCAGACGCUGCCAAAAUGGAGUCUGACGGCUUGGGGAUGGACCACCCCUUUGAAACAGGAUCCCUGGAAGGUGGUACGACCUCUGAAUCCGGCCAGUCAUCUACAGAUGCCCUGCAAGGGGUGAGCGGGGAUGGUAGCGGUUUGUUUUAGUGAGUAACGUAUCCAUGGUGACGCCGCCACUUUAGAUAUUCAUUCUCCUUGUCGCGUUUCUUGCCUUCACUUUGGGCAUUGAUAACAUGCUGGAGGGGAGAACAUGUAAAUGAAGACUGUUUUGAAAUCCUGCUUCCAAAGCUGGUCAUUUGUAUUUCCCUGUUUGAGUGUUGAGCGUUUGCUUGUACUGUUUUGAGUUUGUGUCUGUCCUCCUCACCAUGCUGAAACACAUUUCCAAAGAGGGGGACAGAGAAGAAUAUGAGGGCUGAAGCCACUGUCCUGGUUCUGAAUGUACCUUUUUGGUGAAUCUAGAAAGUUUGUUGUUAAACAUUAGAUUAAAGAUCAUCUUUAAAUAUUUA